CUUUUAAUUUCAUUUAAAAAAAUUUUGUAAUCAUUCAUUGCUACAACAUUCUUGAGAAAUCUUUAAACAGCUUGUGUGUUAGUUGCAUCCAUUAUGAUUUAACAUCUAUGUGUGUACAUGUGCAUGCAAAUUUUCAUUGUUUGUUAGUUCCAUGGACCAGGUAUACUUUAUGGAUCGGUAUAACUGUAAGUGGCAGCCAUAUGUGAAACCGAUGAGCACUGGAAUGAAUUACAAUGCAUAACAAUAGAUCAUACAUCAUGAAGGCCAUAAAGUCUACUUGAGGCUUUUUAUAAUGACGAGUGCUCUAUUUACGCAGCAUCCUCUAUCCAGCCUGCAUGUUUAAAUGGCUAUGCUUCCUUUUACACUAGAAAUUCAGACAUGUUUGCUCCUCUUCCAGAGAACCAGCACUUUGCAUAUUUGAUGCUAUGUAAAAUAGGACCCUAUGGAGAUUGGAUAGUGUGUGGUGUGUCUGUCUUUCUUUCUGUCUCACACUGUGCCUGUAUUUGUACUUGUGAGAGAGUGUGUCUCCUUCAUUAAGAGGAAGUGGCUAUGGUUGAGCAGUUGCAUGCAGGAAGAGAGACAGAGAACGGAGCAGACUCAACCACUGAUGUAGAGCAAGUCAGAGAGGGAGGGAGAAAGAGAGAGAGGGUGGGAGGGAGUAGACGUCAGCACCGUUCUGUUUCACAGUCUCUGUAAUGCAGACAGGAAGGCAGUAAGCAGGUUGAUUCCCAGCCUUGGGACUCGCCAGAGCUUCAGUCAUCAACCCCAGCUUAUGCAGCGACAUUCACGCGUGACAGCAAACCUGCAUGAGCACUUCACUUCGCAGUGGCAUAUCUUCCUCUUCCUUCCUUUUCUCAGCUGAUUAACGAGCAGCGUUCUGAGUGGCUGUGGAUUUCGAAAUUUCAAGAACGAAGCUGAAAACGCUGCUUCUUCUCAUUUCCAAAGAGAUCUUGUUUUGCUGACCUGCCAGAAAGAGGAACCGAGGUCUCCUUCGCGCUCAUCCGCUACCCACAGCAUUGAUCCACAGAAGAACUCUGAUAUCUCAAACUCUCCACCUCUUGGAUGUCCAUCUGUCCCUUUAAAGGAUUCUGGGCAUUUUGGCCAUUUAUUUGAUUUAGUUCCUCUUGUCUUGGUUGUAGCUCUGCUUCUUGCACUGCCUGGAGCCUGGAAUGGUACCGGGGGCCGCCAGAGGCCCCGCAAAUGACCGGUAGCAAUAGCAUGAGCAGUGGCUACUGCAGCCUGGACGAGGAGAACGAUGAAUCUGCCUUCUUCACUGCCAAGACCACGUUCUUCCGACAAGCACAGGCCAAACAUGGAGACAAGAACACCACUAAAGAGGAUGUAGAGGAGAACCAACAGUCCCUCACCGAGGAAGAGGUCAAGGCAAAGAUAGAGGAGUACAACUCCACACUGUCCGAAAAUGGAAUGAAAUUAAAUGAUGAUGGCACAUACAACGGGUUCAUUAAGGUCCACCUGAAGCUGCGUCGGCCGGUCACACUGCUAUCAAACGAAGCGAACAGCUCAGGGAACUCGGACAACGGCUCAGCAGCGGCGGAUAUUUCAGAAAAACGCACAUCCUUCUAUAUGCCCAGUGAGGCUGUAAAGCAGCUACAUGUCAGCAGCACCACCACGGUCAGAGAGGUCAUCGAAGGCCUGCUCCGGAAAUACAUGGUGCAGGACAAUCCACUCAAGUUUGCUCUGUACAAGCAAAUGCACCGCCAUGGGCAGGAUCUUUUCCAGAAGCUUCUGGACUCGGAGCACCCGCUGGUCCUUCGCCUGUUGGCUGGUCCUGAUCUAGAGAAACUUUCAUUCGUACUAAAAGAGAACGAGACUGGAGAAGUAGAAUGGCAUGCAUUCUCUGUGCCUGAGCUGCAGAACUUCGUAACCAUCCUGGUGAAAGAGGAAAAUGAGAGGGUGAGACAGGUAAAGCAACGCUACCUGGCCUACCGGAAUAAACUCGAAGAGGCUCUGAAGGAAGUGCAGAACAAACCAGGCUAAUACACUGAGCCUAUGGACAGACUCCUAAAAACUCUCCACUUCAGAUUCCCCCCCAAAACCCCCAAACCUCCCUUAUGACCUCUGGAGCCUAAGUGUUCAGAGGAGGGUUGUCAGAACCUAAAGAACAAGGGGAGAGCGAUGGAUCACACAAUCACGUCUCUCAGGACGCGAACGGCAAACGCACACAAAGAACCAGGAGUGUGUUUCUGACUGACGUGGUUGAUGUUUGAAAAAGAUGUUUGUCUGUCCACAAUUUCUGUUUGAUGCUGCUGCUAUGACUGCUACUGCGAGUGUUACUUAGCAUGACGUUUUCUUUAUUUUCGUUAUCUUUGCUAGCGUGUCCUCUAUCAGGGAGUUUUUUUUUAAGCAGAAGAAAAAACAUAUGAUCAAAAGAGUUCUGGAUUCCUGGAAGUGAACUUAAGUAAAUAAAUGUAAAAGCUUCGGAUAAGUUAAAGGUUGAACGCGUUAAUUGUGUGCUGUAAAAAAAAAAAAAAAAAUCAAUACUCGCUCACAUUCACUUGCAUUUUACAGCAUAAUUAUCCUAACUAAUACCAUUAUGAACAUUGUACUGUAUUCAGACAGACUUUUCUGUAUAAAUCAAUACUCCAUUUGUAGAAAGCAUCCUCUCUUACAGUCACACACCUUUCAAAUCAAUAACCUCAACUCAUCUGGUCAGCACUGAUCAUAGUCUAUCAUCUGAUACAUGCAUGUGCACCUUUGGAAAGAUGUGUGGAGGCUUUUUCAGUCUAAUCUAUAAACAUUAUAUAAAUUAGCCUGGACUCGCAAAUGAAUUAUAAGCAUGUUUUAACGCAGACGUCUCAAAACCAAACCCUACGGAAAUGUGAAACGCCUAUAACGUGCAUAUAGAGUAUAUAGCGCGUGGGCUCUUUUGUAUAGGAGUGUGUUCCGUCAGUUCUGGUGUGACGUAAGCGUACGAAAGCACCCAAGCCUCAAAACACACCCAUGACAGUGCUCAGAGCUUUCACUUUUAAACUGUAGUGUAUUGCUAAUUCAGUGUGUCUGGAAUCCAAUAUGUAGGAUAAGUGAUUAAUAAUGUACUGUAGCUUAGAUAAUCAUAUCAGAUUUUUAUUUUAGUGGAAAAGCAAGAUGGAGGGUUGCCUUCUGAUAAGCUGGGAAACAUCAUAUUGGAUUAUACACCAAAGCAUGGUCACAACAUGGACUCAUAAGGCUAGUUUUUUGUAAUGAUCUUAAGAUUGCACACAUUGACCAGUCACAUCGAAUUACUUACACAAGGCAGCACAGACCACCAAGUGAACCAGAAUAUAGAAUAUAGAAUGAAAUAAUCCUUUUAUAACGACAAAAUGAUGUGCUUUGUACUUUUCUUCUGAUUCUGAAAAUGGAUUAGUGUUGCUUUUAAGCAUGUGUGAGAUUUCUUUGUCUGACACUGAAUAUCAUCAUGGAGCUCAAUGCAGUGUUACUAGAAAGCACAGAAAGGUGUAAUGGGAGAAGAGCAACAGUGUAUAUCGUACAAUCUGACAGUAACGUCUGUGCUUCAGCCAUUGGAUUUUUUUUUUUAAUGCCAGUUUCAUCUCUGCAAUGCAAAUUCGAAGCCAGGGACAAUCUGGACUAACACCCACUGUGUUGUUUUAGAAUAUCAGAGUCUUUUUCUAUAGUAUAAUCGCCUGUGUUGUGCACUCAAAUGAUCACUUCUUAAAUCCAAUUCACACAGGUGAGUUUUCACAGGCCUGAAGAGACACACUGAUUGGAAACGAUGACCAAAAAGUUCAUUUUGUGGCUUUAUUUGAAUGCCUUAGCUCCUCCUUAUCUCCUUUUUUUGCCCCUGUGCUGCCCUGCUGGCUCUAAUGUUCAUUUUACAAAUGCGCCUCCUAGAGCAUGGGAGAAAUAGCAUAUAGUCGUGAAAAAAAAAAUGGGUAGGAUAGAUCGAAUAUUGCCUUUCGUCCUAUUCCGCUCGCUCUUGUAUUUCUGCUGGCAGUGCCUUUUGUCUGUGUGUAGCCUUACCUGAAUGUGUGUGUGUGUGUGUGUGUGUGUGUGUGUGUGUGUGUGUGUGUGUAUGUGUGUGUAAAGGAUAUAAAUAUGCUCUGUUUUCUGUGUUUAUUUUCCUCAAAAGUGAGGAUCAGUUGUGUAAGAGUGAAAAAUAAAUAACUAUGUGCACAUGAAUGUCUGUUUUUAACUUAAUUUAUGAUGCAUUUGAAGUUGUGGACAAAUCAGUGCUGUCUGGCAAAAUCCUUAGUUUUUUUGAGGAGUCAGAACUGUAUUUCAUCUGUAAAGGUAAUGACAAAUAAAGUAAAAGGUCAUCA